GCCGUGUCAUUCGUUUCGCAGCUGGUUCCCACCGACAGGCUCACCCAGACUUGACCAGCCCACUUGCAUCACAUCCUCCGCCGCCUCAGCAGAGUCCAUCGGAGCACCCACGCUUCCACUACCUUAGCUGGAAUGCUGGCGGUCUCUCCAGUUCCAGGUAUCAACAGCUGAGCCUUUGGCUGCAGCGGGCUCAGCAUCUCAGUCUGGUUGCUGUUCAGGAAACCCAUUGGAACUCGGACUGGACUUUCCGCACUCACGGCUGGGCGGCUUAUCACUCCCCGAGCACCGACAAGGUCUCAGGCAUCCUUGUCCUUGUAAACAUGAGGUUCUUUCGGCCUGAUCGUGUUCAGUUCAGUGAGCCCAUUCAAGGACGACUGGUCCAUGUCAGACUUGAGGGCGAGCCUUCCUUGGACGUUCUGAUAGUGUACCAGUUCCUGUAUGCCAGCUCUGCUGCACACCCCGGACAGGAAAGGCUGGAUCGUUCUCUCGAAAAGCGAGCUCACCUUUGGGCCCAGCUCCAUCACAGGCUUGCGGGUCUUCCGAUCCGCAACGGACUCCUGCUCACAGGCGACUUCAACUGCGACCUCCACGAAGAUGGUCAGCAUGUGGGAGGUGGCCUCAGAACUCGCCUCAGUCGACCGCAGCCGGACCAAGAGUUGCUCCAAAACCUCCUUCGUACUUUCUCCUUGCAAGCACUGAAUACCUGGCGUGGUGCAGGGCGCCGAGCGGAAACGUUUUUCCCCGCGAACGGAGGCAGGGGAACGCAAAUAGAUUUUGCUAUCACCAGGCAACGCUCCUCAGAUGCAAUUGCCCGCCUGGCACAGGCCACCUGGCUUCCAUUUGUUGAAACCUUCUGGUUUGCGCCGCCUGCCCCUCUGUGGCUCCCUCAGGAUGCCACGGGUACCCAAGCCUCCACGCAAGCCCCAAGCCAUGCCUCAGUUGAGAAUCUCUCCGAUCAACUCAUUCAAGCCUGGCACACCUGCGCCCCGGAUGCUCGAAAGCCCAAGGGCCAGGAAGGAUCUCCCCUCCACGAACUGGAGUCCUCCCUUCUCGCGAUCGGAACUCUGUGCGGCCCUCAUGCACUGGCAGCGGACGCCCUGACCGAGGUGGUGCUCCCAGCUCUCCACAGCUGGCAGGCGAACAUGCAGGCCCUGGCCGCGCGCUACCCUCAAUAUGCCUACAUCGGGCAACGCUCUGUCGAAGACUCAAUCGAGCGAGCCUGCGCACAUUGCGCAGCAGCCAGGGAUGCUCUGAUCUUCGCAGGGGUUGCACCCGAGCUCAUGGACCUCAUUCUGCACAUCCACAGGCAAUCCUCUCUACUCAUACAGCACAAAGAACAUGACAUCCCAAUUGCCUUGCACUCUGGCGUCCGCCAGGGCUGCGGACUGGCCCCUGCCUUGUGGAGCAUCUUUAUCUGCUAUGCCCUGCAUUUGCUUAGCGCUCGGAUUCCCCUCACCUCCCUCACUGCUUUCUCCGAUGAUAUUCUCGCUCAGUGGGAUAUUGACACACCAGAUGAGGCCCUGAAGGCUCUACGCGACACUGCGUUCAUCAUCGACACCCUGCAUGACCUAGGCAUGAACGUCAGCGACGCCAAGACCGUCAUUAUCGAUAGGUCCAACUCCGUGCGACCCGUCCAACGCCUCCGUCUCUGGCAGGCCUGCGUCUUCUCGGCCAUUCGCUAUGGCCUUACUAGCACCGGUCUCCCGCCUCGAGGUCCGGACAUGAUCCGCCAGGCUGUGGCCAAACAGAUUCGGCUCGUUCUCAAGUCACCCAGCUGGAUCACGCAUGAAACUACCACGACACUCUUUCAGCGUUUCGAUCUUCAGGAUCCUAUAUCCCAGCUUGCUCAGAUACUUGACAACAGGCGCGCCCGCCCUCUUUUGGACAUCUCGGCUUUUGAUACGCCGGCCAGGCGGGAUUGGCACAACCUCCUGCCAUCGUUCUUUGAGGACGCUCAGUCCUUGGCCACGGCCCCGGCUACUACGCCUGUCACCCGUGAGCGGGCUUCCUGCGUAGAGCCUGAUGCCCCUGCCUCUGCUCCCACUGCUCGCCUUGUUGAGGUCACCUCUGUCGUAUCCCGCCCAUUCUCCUGUCCGCACUGCCCUCAGACCUUUGCCACCCUCAUUGCUAUGCGUACGCACUGCACCCGCACCCACAAACCGCAGCCAGCUGACGAAGCGGAUGCCCAGGACAGGUACAUGCGAUAUGCGGUGGAUGGUAUGCCACAGUGCUCCCUUUGCAAACGUCUUCAUAUCCGCCAGGCCCUUCAGCACUGCCCCAUCUGCCACCAGUGGUUUACGCGCACUCAGGAUCUGCAGACCAAGGAAGCGGAGGCAGAGCUGAGUCUGCUUCAGUGCUGGGGCGAUCAGCCGAUGGACCUAGGUGCCCUCACGGGCAAACGACAUGCGGCGCUCCACGGUCAGGACAUGGAGGAGGAAGAUCACGAGGACAGCAGCAAGGACAGGGAGAAGGCAGUGGCCCUCCUCCAAGGGUGGUUCAGGCGUCGGCAGCAGUCUCCCACUCAGGAUCCGGACCUGGCUGCCCUCUGCUCCAUCAUGAGCAAGCUGCUCUUGAGGCACGAGGAUGAGAUGGGCGUCGACAGGAGCGAGAACCAGUUCGUGAUGUUCUUCAAGCGGGAGUCCCAGGUGUCACUUCUGCCCCAGUUCAUCACGAAAUCUCAGCACUGGCACGAGCUUCGGGAUCAGAAGAAUGGGGAACUGACCCUCUCACUUCGCUCCUUCCUGUACCAGACCCUAAUCUCGGAGCUUGCGAAGAGGCUCCAAGCUGUAUCGGAAACCUCGGGGAAGCAGGAGCAGGCCCGCCAACUACAGGUUUUUCUGCCUCGCAAGGAGGAAGCGGACGAGCUCAUGAUCCCUUUCCUCGUCUUCAACCAGGAGGGCAGGAGAUUAGAGCCAAGGGGGGACAGUCAGCCGAUCCCUCUCUCCCGCAUGCUGGAGCUCCUCGCGGAGAUACAGAAGGCGGCACUUCACCCGCUCUCGGUGCUUCGUUUUCAUGCGACCCAGAAACUGACUGGCCCGCUGCGGGGGCCUACAGUGCCCUUCAUCCUGCAGGUGGGGGGUCGCACCGAUCAGGCCAACCUUCUCCACCGCCAUCUCACCAGCCUGACCCACUCCUCCAUCUGGCAACUCGUCGGAGGAUCACUCAGGAUGGAAAGGAUGGGACGUUCCGCGCUGGCGAACGAACUAGCCAA